AUGGUAAAAUCUUGGGAGUUCGCCGAGAACCUCAGUCUGGCCGGCUCGGCCGUCAUUGCAUUUGGACUGUGGUUUCGGUUUGGAGGCUCCACAAAGGACUUACCAUCGGAGGACAAGUACCCAGAGCAUCUCCAUGUGGGCCUCUACGUGCUGGUCGGAGCAGGGACCCUGAUGAUGGCCAUGGGUUUCUUUGGGUGCUGCGGAGCUGUGCGGGAGUCCCAGUGCGUGCUGGGAUCCUUUUUUACCUGCCUGCUGGUGAUAUUUGCUGCUGAAGUGACCACUGGAGUAUUUGCUUUUAUAGGCAAGGAUGUAGCUAUAAGACACGUGCAGACCAUGUAUGAAGAGGCUUACAGCGAUUACCUUAAAGACAGGGAAAGGGGAAAUGGAACCCUCAUCAUCUUCCACUCUGCGUUUCAGUGUUGCGGAAAAGAAAGUUCUGAACAGGUCCAAUCCACGUGCCCCAGGGAGCUUCCAGGCCAUAAGAAUUGCAUUGAUGAAAUUGAUACUGUCAUCCGUGUGAAGCUACAGCUCAUUGGAAUUGUCGGUGUUGGGAUUGCAGGCCUCACGAUCUUCGGCAUGAUAUUCAGCAUGGUCCUUUGCUGUGCAAUACGAAACUCACGCGACGUGAUCUGAAGCUAACUUGAGCACGAACAUGGCAAUCUAGAACUCUCGUACUGAAUGUCACAGAGCUGUCUUGGUUCCUUUUUGAUAUGCACAGGACAAUGGGGUUGAAAAUAAUUUGCUGCCAGUUGUACAUUUGCACA